AUGCCGAUUCACACUGUCCUUACAGAAACGCUUGGACUGCGCGUUCCCUUAGUUAUGGGUGGAAUGCAGUGGGUAGGCAAACCGAAACUUGCAGCUGCUGUGUCUAAUGCGGGUGCUCUGGGCAUGGUGACAGCACUCACACAGCCGACGCCUGCUGCCCUGCGCAAAGCCAUUGAAGAGACACGCAGCAUGAUUGAUCCAGAGAUUGCAAAAGAGCGUACCAAGUAUGGUGCAUUUGGCGUCAAUAUUACGCUCCUUCCAGCUAUCGUACCUCCAGACUAUGCGGCAUAUGCGCGCGUCGCUUUGGAUGCAGGUGUGCGGAUCUUUGAGACGGCUGGCAGCAAUCCUGAGCCUGUAAUUCGUAUUUUGAAGGAUUCUGGUGCAUUUGUUAUCCAUAAGUGCACGGCCAUCCGGCAUGGUCUCAAAGCCGUCAAGCUCGGUGCUGACAUGCUGAGCAUUGAUGGUCUGGAGUGUGCAGGACACCCUGGUGAAGAUGACAUUGGUGGCCUCGUGCUUCUUGCGCUGGCUGCUGAAAAGGUGUCUGUACCGUUCAUUGCCUCUGGCGGUAUGGCGAAUGGGCGUGGUCUUGCAGCAGCCCUGUCUCUGGGUGCAUGUGGCGCCAACAUGGGUACGCGUUUCAUGGCUACGCAAGAAAGUGACAUUCACGAAAACAUUAAGCAACACAUCGUAAACUCGUCGGAGCGCGACACCGCUCACAUUCUGCGCACGUUCCGCAACACGUCCCGUGUCUACAAGAACAUCGUGGCGCAGGAGGUACUGGCUAAAGAGGCGAAGCGUGCGGAGAUCUCCGAGAUUCUGCCGCUUGUGUCUGGUGCUCGCGGCAAGACCGUGUACGAGAACGGCAACCCAGAUGCUGGUAUCUGGACCAUGGGACAAACGGCCGGUCUUAUCAACGAUCUUCCGUCCUGUCGAGAACUCGUUGCACGCAUUGAGCGCGAUGCCGAGCAAGUGAUCCGACACUCGGCAUCGCUCCUUGUCGAUGGCCACGCCGCUCCUAAAGCGCAUCUCUAG